AAAGAAUCAAAAGUAACUUAAGUUCAGGUAAUUAAGUUAUCGACUAAAUACAUCUCAUAACAUAAAUUAGCUUAAUUAGUAAACCGUUUAAUAUUACAAUAGAUUCAGCUAAAUUUAAUCAUUUCUGCAGUUUUAAUAUAUAUUGUAAAGUAUUAAGCAUUGCACAAUGUGAGUAUGGCCUUGUGUCGUUCGGCACGUUGAUUGGUCGUGUCGUUUUUUGCCGCGCGAUAGAACGAGGCGGGAUUUCAGUAGUCGUGUGUCGUUUGCAACAGCAUGAUCGGAUCUGUCUUAAUGCAUCUCUUAGUAAACAGAGUAAUUAAAUCAGUAAUCCGAGUUUUAAUCGUGCAUUUGUUUGUUUGUUUGUGCAAGUGUGUUUAAUACAUCUAUUUCGAUCGAUCUUUCCUGAACAUUGUACUUCAAUAAUGCCUUCAUCGCCAUUCGCAGAAAAUAAAUUUGUACAUUACAUAAAGCUACAAAAAAAAAAUGAAAAAAUGUUGCCCUGCAGAUCAGCAGAAAAAAAAGGAAAAUGGGAUUAUAUCAAACAAAAUUUGCCAUAUGUUUUACUUACUGACGUAAUGAAUAUGCGAUACUCGAAUAACACGACUAAAGCAUGUAAUACUGAUGCUAUUUUUUCAAGAAGUGAAGCAGUUGAAGAUAUUGGCAGAACAGACAAAGAUAUUGAAUACUCUUUUGAUAAAGGUAAUGAGUUGCAAGAGAAGUUUAAUCGUCAUCAGAAUAAUGAAAGAACCGACGAUGAGAGCAUUGAAUACUCUUUCGAUGUAAAUAAUAAUCAGAACUGUAACGAUCAUCAUCAGAAUUAUGACAUGUUUGAUGAAAAUACAUAUUCUCAUGCUUCCGAAAACGUACAUAAUAUACAUGUAGCAGAACAUUCAGGCUCAGAAUAUAGUCCUUCUGAACAUAGUUCCAUUCUGUCAGAAACAGAUGCUAAUGAUGCUUUACUCUCUGACACAAUAAAUGAAAGGAAUCGUUCAAGUGAAUCAAAAAAAAGCUUCAAAAAAUUCUUCUGGUUUAGAAAUAUCUGAUCGAGUUAAUGGUAGCAAUGUAUUUUGUCCUGAUGAUAUUAACCUUGAAGUCGAUCCAUCUGAAGGACCUAAAGGUGGUAACAAAAAGAACUGCUGCUUCUAUUGCCGAAAAUUGCAAUCAAAGAUUGCGCGUCAUCUAGGUACAGUUCACCGUAAUGAACCUGACGUUAAGAAGUUUCUCGACCUUCCACCAAAUAAUUUAGAAAGGAAAAGAAUAAUUGAAACAAUAAGAAGGAAUGGUAAUUUUAUCCAUAAUACUAAUAGUAAUGUUAGUGACGGAAAACUUGUCGUGUGCAGGCGCCCCAGGAUAGAUAAACAGAAAAGCGCAAAAGAUUAUACAGCUUGUCCAAAAUGCAAGGGAUUUUUUAUGAAAAACAGUAUUAGACGCCAUUUUCGUCGUUGCACAGGUUUUUGUAGUAAACGAAAUAGAUCUGUGCUGGUUAUGGGUAGAGCAAUUAUCGGGCGUAUUAAUCCUAUGGCAGAAGAAACGUUACGAAAAGUAGUUUUUCCUUCACUCAGAGAAGACGAAAUAACUCGUACGAUUCGAUAUGAUGAAUUAGUUAUAAUAUUUGGCAAUAGAUUGUGUCGUAAAUAUCGCAAGCCAUAUCAGCAUAAAUUAAUCCGCUCACAUCUUAGAUACCUCGGUCGUUUCUUGAUAGAGAUGAAAGAUAUAAAUACACAAGUUACAGACAUGCAAUCAAUUUAUCAUCCCGCAUUUUACGAAGAUUGCAUAAAAGCAGUUAACCGAAUGUCUAAAUUUGAUAGUGAUACAAAUACUUAUAAAAUAACAACAACACCUCAACUAAUGGGAACUUUGCUUAAGAAAGUAGGAAAUUUAUUGAUUACUCAAAGUAUAAAAAAAAAAGAUUAUGAAACAAAGAGUGAUGCCGAAGAAUUCCUUGCUCUUCUCGUCGAUGAUUUUCCAACUAGCGUUAACAAAGCCGCUUUGGAAGCACAGGAAGAAAAUAAAAGACGUAAAAAUACAGAACUUCCUUCAAUGGACGAUAUCACAAAACUUCGUAAUUAUCUUGACGAAAAGCGCAAAUCUCUAUGCAAGAUAUUGAAGAAUCGAUUUUGUCCAAAUAGUUGGCUAGAACUAGCAAAAGUAACUCUUACAUCCGUACAAUUAUUUAAUCGUCGUAGAGCGGGCGAAAUAGAGCACCUUCUCGUUAAAGAUUUUAAAAACUACGUACAGAUAUCAGAGAAAACAGACAAAGGUUUAUUCCUAUCUUUAUCACCUGAAGCACGAGAAAUAGCAAAAAAAAUAUGUAAGAUUCACUAUACGUGGAAAACUAAUGCGAACUGUUCCUGUAUUAUUAUCAGCGGAAUUAUUGGAAUGUAUUGAAAUAAUUUUAAAAUAUCGACAUGAUGCUUGUGUUCCUGCUAAAAAUAUAUACUUAUUUGGAAUCCCGGGAUACAAUAAAAGUUAUUUUAAAUACUUAGAUGCUUGCGAAUUAAUGCGAAGAUUUUCUACUGAAUGCGGUGCAGAACGACCAUGGACCUUACGUGCAACGGAUCUCAGAAAACAUAUUGCCACAAUAAGUGUAGCGUUAGAUUUAUCAGAAAAUGAUGUUUCUGAUCUUGCUAAGCAUAUGGGUCAUGCCAUGGCAAUACAUAAAGAAAUAUAUAGACAACCUAUUGUGAGUAGAGACAUUGUACGAAUGUCUCAAGUGUUAGAAAAAGCACAAGGUGUUACUGAUAAUAGUGAUGAAUAUCACAUUAAUGACAAUUGUGAAUAUUUGGUAGAAAAUGACGCAAGUGUAUCUUAUGAAAUCAUUGACUCAGAGUUAUCUAUCAGCAAUAGCACUGACAACACAUCACCAAAUAUAGAAAAUACUUAUAACGCGAAGAAGCAGAAUAAUCAAAGGAACAGGAAACGUAAAGACACGAGUCCAUCCGAGGAAUCUGAUUACAUAGAAUCACAUAGAAGUGCAAAGAAACGAAAUACUCCUCCGUAUGGCCGUACCAAACGUGUUCGUUGGACAAACGAAGAAAAACAAAUCAUCAAUUUACAUUUUGGCAAUUAUAUCAAAAGUGGAAAGUUACCGUCUAUAAAAGGCAUUCAAGAAGUUAUUGCCAAAAAUCCUUGCUUACAAAAUCGAUCUGCAUCGGUUGUGAAGACAUGGAUAAAUAAUCAGCAAAGAAAUAAUGGACUGAAAAAAUCAUAGAAUUUUUUACAGUUUCCUUAUUUUAUUUUAUUUUUACUGAAUUUUUAGUACACGUAAAAAAUGUCCUUUAACGAUUACAUUAUUAUGACUUUUUUUUUAUUUGAGAUAAGGAUUUAGACUUACUAUGUUAUGAGAAAAAUUUUGUCCUUGUAAUAAUUUGUAUGCGUCUCUUUUAUCAGAAUUUUACCCGAUAUUGAAUUUUUUUUAGAUAAAGCAUUGUUCUCGUCAAAGAAACCUACAAAUUGCACUUUUUUAUUGUAGUGAUUUAAUUUACUUAAUUAUUCGUUGAAAAUGCAAAUGUGAUAAAAGGCCGUGAAUACUCUUCUUAAGCUAACUAAUGUAGUAUACUUUUGCGUCCUUACAAUAGUUACAUAAUGUAACGUCGACAAGAAUACAUUACGUAUGUUCAUGAAUUUUACAACAUUACUAACAAACAAAUCAAAAGCGUGUAAAGUAUAUUCUCCCGAUUUUUAGUUAAAAUAUAUUGUAAAUCAAUGUUAAUACUAGCUUUGUAUAACACGAUUUCACUCGUUAUAAAAUGAUAAAUCGUGUGAAUUAUAUUCGCAAAGUUCACUCACAGUCAUUUUAGUACUGUAACGUAAAGUAUUCUGAUCGACGUUGCCUUGUCUAAGAAAAUAUAGAAUAAGUAUUUAAUAUUUAUCGACGAACCGUGAGUGUAGUAAACGUAAAGUACAGAAAUGGCAGCUAAUCUGUCUUCUGUUGUCGUAAAAUCGAGACUCGCAUAUAAUUUAAUAAAAUUUGCCACUUUAAUUUAAAACAAUUUGAGUUUUAUGACACAAACGUUCACAAUCGCGACGUUAAAACAAAACAAGAUAAAAUCUGCUCAUUCUUUGUUGCGUAAGCGGCGAUUAUCGCAGGUAUCAACAGUUUUGUCAAAAAACAAUUUGCUUAUUACGCCUUUAUGUUCACAAGUUUUAUGUACUUCCACCUACAUUUAAACAAUGCAAAAACCCAGAGAACAUCUAAAGACAUCUGAUGGCGCUUAAAAGAUUCUUAAAGAAGAUAAGAGUAUGUAUUUAAAUGGUAUUUAUUUAUUAAAGUUAAUAGAUCGAUUUGUCAAUUAAGUGUUCAGAAUCCUCAUAUCUUGAUCGACGUGAUCAGUUGAAAAGUAUAAACAAACGACGCCAGAAAGAAGUCUAUAUAAACGUUUUGCUAAGACCGUUUAAAUAAUACCUGAAAGACGAGUAUGUUCCUUAAUUUUAACCAUUCAAUCUCAACGAUCCGUUUCUCGCGAAUUGAUUUUGCAAGACGAAACCGAUUGUCAACAUUUGAACGCCUCCUACAUUGAUUUUUUUGUGGUCACUUUGUUUAAUAAAAGUGCGUGAAUUUAAUAAAACAUGUUAAAAUGAUGUAGCGUUGAAAUUUUUUUAAACAUUUUAUAUCAUAUCUAUGAUAUGAAAUGUUUAAACAAACAUUCAUCGCUACAUUAUUUUAUUACGUUUUAUUAAAUUCACGUACCUUCGUUCUUCAAUUUAUUUUAAUAAAUUCAUAAAUUUUUGUUUUUUUAUAUUAAAGUUAGGUAAUUGCUACUUUAGCAAGAAAAGUAUAAAAUAUUAUUUUAUUAUAACUUCAUAAUACAUGUGAUAUUGUGUGAUAAUACAUAUAUUACUUAUUUUUGAAACAAGAAGUUGUUUUGAAAAUUAUUACAAAUUCCUUUCUGUCCCUAAUGCUAUUUCUGUCUAUUUUUAUAUGUUUAAUUUUAACCCUUAAACACACCGAUCCUGUAAAAUACGAAAAUACAUUUUUGGGUCUGGG